AUGUCCCUCACGUCAUCGCGCUCUUUACGAUCACUGUCACUGCACAUUCAAGCCCUGUGGACACUGAGCAGCAUUCGCACCACAAGCAUUCACACCACCGCAGCCGCUCCCGCCAGGCGCCGUCGGCAUCUCCAAAACAUGCCGCCCAAAGCUGGAUACUACGCCGUCAGCCGAGGCCGCAAGCCAGGAGUGUAUCGUACGUGGGCAGAGGCCGAGGCGCAGGUCAAGGGCUUCAACGGCGCCAAGCACAAGAAGUUCGCCUCCGAGUCCGAGGCCCGCGAGUGGCUCGCACCCGACGCAGGGCCGUACACGGGGUUCAUCCAGACGCCGACUCAGACGUCAGCGGCAAGCUCGAGCCAUACCGCUGCCACUUCCACUCCCACUGCUUCGUCGUCGUCGGACGCUUGCGGCGUGCGCGGCGAGUCGCCGGUCGCCCAAGCCGACAUGGCGCACUUGCCCCCCGACCUAGCUCGUCUCGCGGCGCAGGGAUACACCUUUUCGCAGAGCACGCCCCACCGCUUGGUAGUGUACACGGACGGCAGCGGCCUGAGUAAUGGCCAGUAUGGUGCGCGCGCCGGCGCGGGUGUGUAUUGGGGCUCGGUAGGCGAGGCGUCCCGGCAUAACUUGGCAGAACGCGUGCCCGGACCGUUGCAGACCAACAACCGUGGUGAACUGCUGUCCAUCAUCCGCGCGCUGGAGGAGUGUCCCCUGCCGGACCUUUCGCUUGAGAUCAGGACAGACUCGCAGUACUCUAUCAAGUGCAUGACCGAAUACGUCCCCAAGUGGAUCAAGAAUGGCUGGCGCACAGCGUCCGGCGACGUCAAGAACGCCGACAUGAUCCGGCACCUGCUCGUCCUCCUCCGUCGGCGCGGGCCGCGCGCCCCCGUCCGCUUCAAGCACGUUCGCGGCCACGUCGGGCACGAAGGCAACGAGGCCGCAGACGCGCUGGCGCGUCAGGGAGCGGCCAUGCCGGCCGUCACGGACCGGCGCAAGUGGCUCAACGAGCAUGACGAGGACGAGGAGCGGGAGACGCGCCGCGCGCUGUCGCGAGCAGAGAGCCCAGAGGUCGACGUUGAGGUUGAGGAAGACUGGCUCAUGACCGCGGACGAGAUGGCUGAGCUCGAGAGGGAGCUGGCAGAGUAG